CAUGUAGGGAGAACGAUUACACAAUGUAUACCUAGGCCUUUUAAUAUUGAAUGCAAUGCAAUCUUUAAGAACAAUAUAGAAAUGAUCACAAGGACUACACUGUCUCGAUCGUAAUUUAUGCUGAACUUAUCCACUAUACUUCACUUCGCUAAAAAUUCGUCGCUUUUGAACUUCGUACGUGUUCAACUCUCUACUCAGUGUUUUGGGUGAAUCAGUAUUUCAAACGUGUCAUGCGUACGUAAACAUAAGUUUUUUAGGACCAUGUCAUUUGUUUCAUGCUUUUUCAUUUAAAAGUUUAGUUACUGUGUUUAGAAAACAGAUUUCAGAAGAUCAAUGAGCAGUUGUCCUGUUAACCAAGAACAGCAUUCAUAAAGAUUUCUAAUAGAAGGAACUCCCCGGCUACCAGACACAGAACGACAUCAAGAGACAUUGUGUCAAUAUGACAAGAUGUGAUACCUAUUUGACCACACAGAAAACUCUAAUUCACAACCUCAACAGCACCACACAACUAAUUCAUAGGACAACAGCAACAUCUGGCAUGAACUUUUUAAACGAUAGAAUACUAAAUUCGGAAGUGUAUUGUAUUUCAGAUUCAUCAGAUCCAGCAUAUGCGAAUGGGAACAUUGCUCUGCGAAAACCAGCAUUUCAAUUCGAUGUCGGUUGGGGAGGUGUCGCUAGAAGGGCCACUGAUGGCAAUGCCAACACUUUCUACAAUGGUCGCUCGUGUACACAUACCCACAACCGAGGUCGAACCAGUCAGAAUUGGUGGGCUGUUGAUCUUGAAACUCGCUACAUAAUCAUGAGGGUGGAGGUGGUCAACAGGGGAGACUGUUGCUGGGGCCGCCUCAAAAACUUCAAGAUCCUUGUAACAGACGUCAGGCCAAGAGCAGGCAAUAACCUUAAAGGUGUUAAGGUCUGUGCCCAUCACAGGGGUGGUGUUGGUAGAGGAGCCUUACUGACACUGAAGUGCAAAGGUGGUAUUAGCGGCCGUUAUGUGGCUGUACAGCAGCCGAGGAACCAGCACCUGACACUCUGUGAGGUCAGGGUGUUUGGCAAAAAAGCUCCUGGGGCCAAGGGACCGGGAACACCUAUUAACCUUGCUUUUAGAAAACCAGCAUAUCAAUUCGAUGUAGGCUGGGGUGGUGUACCAUGGAGGGCCACUGAUGGCAAUUCCAAUCCUUACUGGAACGGUGCCUCUUGCAGCCAUACCCUUAACUCUGGGAAGACCAGUCAGAACUGGUGGGCGGUUGACCUUAAAGCUCGCUACACCAUCGAGAAAGUAGAGGUAGUCAACAGGGCUGACUGCUGUUGGACCCGUUUGCGAAAUUUCAAGGUCGUGGUGACAGAUGUGAAGCCAAGGACAGGACGUGACCUGGAAUAUGUCAGACUUUGUGCCCACCAUGGUGGUGGUGUUGGUAGAGGGGCGACACAGGUUGUAACGUGUAAAAGCGGGGUUAGUGGCCGUUAUGUGGCAAUACAGCAACAAAGGGGCCAGUUCUUGACCCUCUGUGAGGUCAGGGUAUACGGCAAAAAAGGUGGAACCAAACCAGUGAAAGAGAUCAAUCUUGCUUUGCAAAAACCAGCGUGGCAAUUCGAUGUUGGCUGGGGCGGUGUGGCAAGUCGAGCCACUGAUGGUAAUGCCAACACUCACUACAAUGGUCGCUCUUGUACCCAUACCCACAACAGAGGUCGAACUAGCCAGAACUGGUGGGCAGUUGACCUCAAAACUCGAUACACCAUCAGCAGGGUGGAGGUGGUCAACAGGGGAGACUGUUGCUGGGGCCGCCUGAAAAACUUUGUCAUCCUUGUGACGGACAUCAAACCACAUACUGGGCAGAAUCUGAGGGCUACCAGGGUUUGUGCACAUCACACAGGUGGUGUUGACAGAGGAGCGACGGAGACCGUGACAUGCAGAGACGGUGUUAGUGGCCGUUAUGUGGCUGUAGAACAGCCAAGGAAUCAAUACCUGACUCUCUGUGAGGUCAGGGUAUUCGGCAAAAAAGGUGGGAGCCAAUCAGUGGAUAAAAACAUGGCUCUGAAAAAACCGGCUUGGCAAUUCGAUGUUGGCUGGGGUGGCGUGCCACAGAGAGCUGUUGAUGGCAACGCAAAUACUUAUUACAGAGGGAAUUCAUGUACACAUACCCAUAACCGAGGUCGGACGAGAUGGAACUGGUGGGCAGUUGACCUUCAAGCCCGUUACACUAUCAAGAGGGUGGAGGUCGUCAACAGAGGAGACUGUUGUUGGAACCGCCUGUAUAACUUCAAAAUCCUAGUGACAGACAAAAGGCCAUUGACGGGGCAGAACCUUAAGGGUGUGAAACUUUGCGCCCAUCACACUGGUCAUGUUGGAAGAGGAGCAACAAAGGUUCUGAGAUGUGGAGGUGACGUGACUGGCCGUUAUGUGGCUGUGCAGCAGGCAAGGGGUCAGUACUUGACCCUCUGUGAGGUCAGGGUGUACGUCAAAAAAGGUGGUAAGGGAACUGCUGCAGGUGGUAAGGGAACCACUGCUGAAGGUGGAAAGGGUACGGGUGCAGGCGGAAAGGGUUCCGGUGCAAGUGGUAAGGGAACUGCUGCAGGAGGAAAGGGUACAGGUGGAAAGGGUAAAGGUGCAGGCGGAAAGGGUACCGGCACAAGUGGUAAGGGAACUGCUGCAGGUGGAAAGGGAACUGCUGCAGGUGGAAAGGGUACGGGUGCAGGCGGAAAGGGUACCGGUGUAAGUGGUAAGGGAACUGCUGCAGGUGGAAAGGGUACGGGUGCAGGCGGUAAGGGUACCGGUGCAAGUGGUAAGGGAACUGCUGCAGGAGGAAAGGGUACGGGUGCAGGCGGAAAGGGUACCGGUGCAAGUGGUAAGGGAACUGCUGCAGGAGGAAAGGUUACGGUUGAAGGCGGAAAGGGUACCAGUGCAAGUGGUAAGGGAACUGGUGCAAGCGGUAAGGGGACAGGUGCAGGAGGAAAGGGAACUGGUGCAGGUGGAAAGGGAACUGGUGCAGGUGGAAAGGGAACUGGUGCAGGAGGAAAGGGAACUGCUGCAGGAGGAAAGGGAACUGGUGCUGGUGGAAAGGGGACUGGUGCAGGAAGAAAGGGAACUACUGCAGGUGGAAAGGGAACUGCUGCAGGUGGAAAGGGAACUGCUGCAGGUGGAAAGAGAACUGGUGCGGGUGGAAAGGGAACUGCUGCAGGUGGAAAGGGAAAUGGUGCAGGAGGAAAGGGUGCUGGUUCAGGUGGAAAGGGAACUGCUGCAGGUGGAAAGGGAACUGAUGCAGGUGGAAAAGGAACUGGUGCAGGAGGAAAGGGAACUGGUGCAGGUGGAAAGGGGACUGGUGCAGGUGGAAAGGGAACUGGUGCAGGUGGAAAGGGAACUAGUGCUGGUGGAAAGGGAACUGCAGUCGGAAAGGGAACUGGUGCAAGCGGUAAGGGGACUGGUGCAAGUGGUAAGGGGACUGGUGCAGGAGGAAAGGGAACUGGUGCAAGUGGUAAGGGGACUGGUGCAGGAGGAAAGGGAACUGGUGCAGGAGGAAAGGGAACCGAUGCAGGUGGAAAGGGAACUGCCGUAGGUGGAAAGGGAACUGCUGCAGGAGGAAAGGGAACCGAUGCAGGUGGAAAGGGAACUGCCGCAGGUGGAAAGGGAACUGGUGCAGGAGGAAAGGGAACUGGCGCAGGAGGAAAGGGAACCGAUGCAGAUGGAAAGGGAACUGCCGCAGGUGGAAAGGGAACUGGUGCAGGAGGAAAGGGAACUGGCGCAGGAGGAAAGGGAACCGAUGCAGGUGGAAAGGGAACUGCUGCAGGUGGAAAGGGAACUGCUGCAGGAGGAAAGGGAACCGAUGCAGGUGGAAAGGGAACUGCCGCAGGUGGAAAGGGAACUGGUGCAGGAGGAAAGGGAACUGGUGCAGGUGGUAAGGGGACUGGUGCAGGUGGAAAGGGAACUGGUGCAGGAGGAAAGGGAACCGAUGCAGGUGGAAAGGGAACUGCCGCAGGUGGAAAGGGAACUGGUGCUGGUGGAAAGGGAACUGCAGUCGGAAAGGGAACUGGUUCAGGUGGAAAGGGAACUGGUUCAGGUGGAAAGGGAACUGCUGCAGGUGGAAAGGGAACUGCUGCAGGUGGAAAGGGAACUGGUGCAGGAGGAAAGGGAACUGGUGCAGGUGGAAAGGGAACUGGGGCAGGAGGAAAGGGAACUGAUGCAGGUGGAAAGGGAACUGGUGCUGGUGGUAAGGGAACUGCAGUCGGAAAGGGAACUGGUGCAAGUGGUAAGGGGACUGGUGCAAGUGGUAAGGGAACUGGUGCAGGAGGAAAGGGAACUGGUGCAGGAGGAAAGGGAACUGCCGCAGGUGGAAAGGGAACUGGUGCAGGAGGAAAGGGAACUGGUGCAGGUGGAAAGGGGACUGGCGCAGGUGGAAAGGGAACUGGUGCUGGUGGAAAGGGGACUGGCGCAGGAGGAAAGGGGACUGGUGCAGGUGGAAAGGGAACUGGUGCUGGUGGUAAGGGGACUGGCGCAGGAGGAAAGGGGACUGGUGCAGGUGGAAAGGGGACUGGCACUGGUGGAAAGGGAACUGGUGCUGGUGGAAAGGGAACUGGAGCUGGUGCAAGAACGCCGGACGGUGUAACAAAAGGCAUGUCAAUCAAACUGGUAAAGAAGGUGAAUGGCAAGUGUCCACCGGGAACAAAGGUUCACCCACUCUGGAAGAACCUCUGCAGAAAGCUCAUCCUGGUCCAUCUGACACACAAGAACGACAGUGGGAAAUGCCCAACAGGGACCAAGACGUAUAAGAAGGACCCACGAUUAUGCACGAUCAGGAACUUGAAGGCCUUCCAGGCUAAAGUUUUUGUCCACUUACGAACCAUCAAUAUGAAGCACGGGAAGUGUCCAUCUGGGACCGAGAAGUAUGACAAGAGACCAAACACCUGCAUCAUCAAGGACUGGGCCAAGUUUAAAGCGGGUGCCGUGCCACUUAUUGCCACCGACCAAAACGGAAAAUGUCCAGCUGGUAGCAACCUCUAUCCACAAGAACCCGGAACAUGUAUAGUUGGCGACGCCAUGAGAGCAAAACUGGUAGAAGGUUCUGCUGCGAAAGGUAAAAGUAGUAAGGGAGGUAGUGCAGGGAAAGGUGAUGCAAAAAAAACUGGAGGACAUGGAAAAAAAGGUGACGCAAAAAGAUCUGGAGGACAUGGAAAAAAAGGUGACGCAAAAAAAUCUGGAGAACAUGGAAAAAAAGGAAAGCCUGGCGCCUAAAAAAGCAUGGACUUAGAGGAAAAGCGGCUAUUUCAGCGAGUGGAAAAAUCUGGUGAAGGAAAGAAAGUUGAGAAAGAUGGCAACAAAAUGAUUUUAAGUUUUUUUGAUGCUGAAUCAGGGACAACAGUCAAUAUUAAUCUAUUGAAAUUACAUUGCCUACUUUGAUGUCCCAAAGUGAACUUUCCCAGAUCUUUCCGUUUCUCUGUGUUUUCUAGUCUGCUAUCACUGAACUGCUGAAACAUCCGUUCUUAUAAAAGAAUAAAUAGGGUAAUCUCGU